AUGAGUGACUUUAGCAUCGACUAUAUACUCAAUCGUGCCGGGAAUAAAUACGUGGGCACCAAUGCAUCCGUCGGGAUUUUACAACGCUUACGUCUCAAUCUGGCGUUUCAUCCUUAUGCUCCGCCUACUGCCAAGCAGUCUUCGCCGCCGGCGCCGUCUUUGGCUGAGGAUCAUCAGCUGCCCUUGUAUGACUGGCUGCAAUAUACGCGCUAUCAUCCGCCCAAGCUGCCGCGUGCUUUGCGCCAAGGACCUGCUAAGCGCACGCCAGGACGACUGCCACGCAUUCCUUUUACUCCCGCACAGCUGCAGGCGCUUGAAAGAGCCUACAAGGACUCCAACUAUUUGAGCGCUGAGGAUGCAAAUAAACUAGCCGAAUCCUUGGAGUUGACCAACACCCGAGUUAAGAUUUGGUUUCAAAAUCGACGCGCGCGCGAGCGAAGAGAGAAGCGUGAAAAGGACGAAAGCUGUGACUCAACCUUCUCAUCAAAUGCAUCCAGCCCAGAGCCGGAGGAAAUGUUGGUUAUUGUUUAA